AUGAAGUUGGUUUUGUGGUUUAGUUUCGCGGCGGUGGCGCUCUCCAAGCUGCUGCUGUUUGGUGAUAAUAUGAGGUCAACCGCUCUUUCACCAUCGGCAGUUCAAUCGCUUCAAUCUCUCGCUCUAUUUGCAGCAGUGAACGCGCUGCUCAUCCCACUGGUACUCGUCUCCGAGUUUCUCUUCCGGAAAUUCAGCCAUGGUUGUCAGAGCUCUGGUGCGCAAUCGGAAGUUCUGCUUUUGUGGCCGGAAUUGCAGCUCGGCGGUGAGUCCUUGUUUCGGAAGAGGAGCCUUCGGAGCUUAAAUUCGCUGUUCCAGAAGACUAACUCUUCUAAAAGCCCCAAUACUCGUUUGCAAUUAGAAUCCCUUCGUUCUUCUUUCUCUUCUUCUGCUUCCUCGGCGCCUCUUGGGACGGAUGGUUACGAGGUUUUCCUGAGCUUCAGAGGCCCAGACACUCGCAAUAACUUCGCGGACUUUCUAUACAACUCCCUGGUUCGCUCCAAGAUCCGCACCUUCAGAGACGAUGAAGAGGUUCGGAAAGGGGAGAAGAUCGGAGCUGAGAUCAUCCAGGCUAUUAGUCAAUCCAAGGUUUACAUCCCGAUUUUCUCCCCCAAUUAUGCUUCUAGCAAGUGGUGCCUCCAAGAGCUGGCUCAAAUGGUGGAAUGCUUCAAGGGAGAGAAGGGGCAUGUCAUCCUGCCCAUUUUCUAUUUUGUGCAACCCUCACAGGUGCGGCAUGAUGAGGAAGGCUCCUACCACAUUGCACUGGAGCAGCACUUGGAGAAAUAUGACAGCAACACCGUACAAGAAUGGAGGACAGCUCUCCAAGAGGUUGCAUCAAUGAAAGGGUGGCAUGUUACUGACUCUGAUAGGCAAGCAACUGUGGUAGAUGAGGUUUUUGAGAAAGUUCUGUCCCAUCUGAACAAGAAUCACAACUUAGUUACUGAUGAGUUGGUUGGGAUGGAUCAUCAUUUGGAAGCAGUGAUAGGGUUGUUGAAUAUGGGCUCUCACGGUCCGAAAGUCGUUGGUGUACAUGGUAUGGGUGGGAUUGGCAAGACAACCAUAGCCACUGCUGUUUACAACAAAAUCUAUGAACAGUUUGAUGAAUGUUGCUUUUUAGGAGACCUGCGAGAAACAUUAGAACAAAAGGAAGGUAUUGUUGAUCUGCAAACUAAGCUCAUCUCUCGAGUUUUGAAAUUUGAGACUCCCAUUGAUAAUGCUAGUGAAGGAAUUCACAUGAUAAAAGACAGAGUUUGUCGGUACAAACUCCUUAUUGUUCUGGAUGAUGUAGAUGAUAAGUUUGAGUUUGAUAAAAUAGUGGGACCGUUGGAGAAUUUUUCUCCGGAAAGUAGGUUUAUCAUUACAACUAGAAACCGAAAAGUUUUGAGCAUGUUUGAAGGAUGUGAGCUUUACCGACCUGGAGAAAUGAGCUUUCACAAUUCUCUUCAGUUGUUUAGCAAGCAUGCCUUCAGAAGGGAUUCUCCUCCUGAAGCUUAUAUGGGUCUAUGUAGAGACUUGGUAUCCACGGCAUCAGGACUUCCUUUGACUCUUAAGGUUGUAGGUGCCAGUUUGUUUGCUGAAGAUGAAGCAGUUUGGGAAGACACAUUGAUACAGUUGAAAGAACUGCCACCAACACAGGUCCAAGAGAGACUGAAAGUCAGUUUCAAAGCAUUGACUUAUGAGGAACAGCAGAUCUUUCUUGAUAUUGCGUGCUUCUCCAUUGAAAAGGACUUGUAUAAGGCUGUCCACAUGUGGGCUGAGUGCGGAUUCUAUCCAUUUCGUUCGAUCAAGGCCCUCAUUCAUAGGUCCUUGAUAAAAUUUGGGCGUAACAAUGAGUUAGAAAUGCAUGAUCAACUCAGAGACCUUGGGAAGACAAUUGUAAGUGAGGGAAAUAUUGAACGCCCAUGGAACCGCAGCAGGAUAUGGUCAAACAAGGCUGCCUUGGACAUUUUCAACUGCAAAGAGGGAACAGAAGAAGUGAAAGCCCUCAAAGUUAACACGUUUUCGAAAUUUCAGCUCACGAGUGAACACUUCAAGAAAUUGUCAGGGUUAAGAUAUCUUGAAACGUAUCAAGCAGAAUUGACUGGGGACUUCAGUGAACUUCUGCCAGCUUUAAGAUGGCUCCGCUUGUAUUAUCAUCAAGGGGAUUCAUCACUGACCAAUUUUCACCUGAAGAAACUAGUGGUGCUUGAACUCUGUCAAAGCUACAUAACUGAUGAUUGGGGAGGCUGGAAACAUAUCGAGGUACCAGUGCUUCCUACAAGCCUAAAAAGGCUAGCUAUCUCAUCUAUGGUUCCUGAACUGUCAGACUUGGCGGACUUGAAGGAGUUAGAGUUUACAGAUUGCCAGGACGGGUUUGAAAUUCCAGGAGAUGUGUGGAAGUUACCAAAACUGGAGGUUCUGAGGGUUCACUCGUCAAACAGUACCAGUCUCCUGAGAGGGAUGGGUGUCCUUCCGUCAACCUUAAAAGAGCUAAAAAUUCUCCAUUGUCCCUUGUUGGAGAAGCUCCCAGAUCUUAGCAAUCUGAAAUUCUUGAGUUCCUUGACACUGUCAUGUACCAGGCUCUGUGAGAUUCCGGGACUUGGCGAGAUGAAACUACUGAAAAUUUUGUAUGUACAGAAUGGUUCAAAUUUGAGACAUCUGAAUGGCCUCGGGAAUCUCCAAUAUUUGACAGACUUGGUCCUGGAAAGGUGUUUGGUAAUGGACGAAUUACCCAACCUAGCUGCUAUGAACAAGAUGCUCAGAUUGUGGAUCUUGCAAUGCCCUCGUAUCCAAAUUGUUCGAGGCCUCAGUGAAGUCAAGUCCUUAGUACGCCUCAGAAUCCGCGAUUGUGCUAGCCUGCAAAGACUCCCUGAUCUGUCCAAGUUGGCAAAGCUGAAAGAGUUCACACUCGGGGGGUGCCACAGUUUACUUAACAUUGAUGGCCCUCUCCCCAUGCAAACACUAGAGUAUCUGCACUUGUUCGACUUCAAGGUAAUAGAAAGGCUACCUUCUCUGUCAGAGUUUAUCAUGUUGAAGCAAUUAGUUGUGCAGAUCCAUCCUUGUUUACGUUACAUAGGGGGAAUCAUAGGCCUGAAUUCACUGGAGCGACUAUGGCUUCGGCAGUGCGAUUCAUUGACAACAUUGCCAGAUCUAUCUGGCCUUAAGAAUCUCAAGGAAUUAGACUUGGGAAGAUGCAAAAGUUUGACUGAGGUUGGAGGAAUCCAAAGGCUGACAUAUUUGAAAGUGCUGAAUAUGUCAGGCUGCCAUUCCUUAGUUAAGUUACCAGACCUUUCAAGUCUUACAAAGUUGGAGAAGCUGUGGCUAAGCGGCUGUGAGAAAUUAACACAGGUCCUGGGAGUUGAGGAAUUGAAGUCCUUGAAGGUGUUGGAGAUGAGCGGCUGCAAGUCAAUAGACAUUUUACCAGAUCUCUCACAACUCGCAAAUUUGGCGACUCUUUCAGUGCAAAAUUGUGAAAAAUUGACUGAGCUCCCAGGAAUCGAGGAAUUGGAGUCCCUGACUAUGGUUGACGCUUCUGGAUGUGGGUUGCUGAAAGACAUGCCACAUCUGCAGAACACUCAAUUAGAGGUACUGAGGCUCGCAGGAUGUACGUCGCUAGAAAGGUUGCCAAAUCUCUCCAUCCUCAAGAAUUUGAAGGAAUUAAAUGUUAGUGGAUGCAUAAAGUUGUCCGAGGUUGUGGGGCUCGAGGAACUGAGGUGCUUAAAUGUGCUGGACAUGAAUGGCUGCCACUCGAUCAACAGCUUACCAAAUCUUUCAGAUCUCAAAUGUUUGAAGUGCCUACAUCUAAGGGGAUGUAAAAGAUUGAGUGAGCUGCUUGGAGUCGAAAAUCUGGAAUCACUAACAUGCUUGUCGAAGGAGAGGAGUCCUUCCAAGCUAGUUAAACUUGCACAGUUGGAUAGCAUUCUACAAGUUACCGACCCUUGUGUAGCCUUAAGUCAACACUUCCAGAAUAGACAGAACACAACACUUCCAAAUGCUUUCAAGUCAGAGUUUGAGCUCUGCUUAUCAAGGUUUACUGGAAUCGCACUGAGAACGCCUUCUGGAUUAAGUUACGAAAUGGAGGUCUCAUGGUUGGGAUUGUGGUCCUGUUUUGUGGCAAUCGCUGCGCUGCUGCUUCCUUUGUUGUUCUUCUUCUUCUUCUACAAGUUGAAGAGGAGCUCUGAAAGCUCAAACGCUGCUUCUCCAUCUGAGCCUGCUGAUUCUUCUUCGUUGCCUGCUCUUCCAACAGGAGAGUUCGAGGUUUUUCUGUCCUUCAGGGGACCAGACACCCGCAACAGCAUCUCUGAUUUUCUCUAUACCUAUUUGUCUCGCUCAAAGAUUCGUACUUUCAGAGGCGAUGAGGAGCUUCGAAAGGGCGAGGAUAUUGGCCCCGGCCUAGUUCAGGCAAUCCACCAGUCGAAGAUUUAUAUCCCAAUUUUCUCUGAAAACUAUGCUUCUAGCAAAUGGUGCCUUCAGGAGCUCGCCAAAAUGGUAGAAUGCUGCAAGGGAGACAAGGGCCAUGUCGUUCUCCCCAUUUUCUUUUAUGUAGAUCCCAGCGAUGUCCGACACCAAACGGGGCCUUACAAGCGAGCAUUUGAAGAAUACCAGAACAAAUAUGCACAAAAUACCAUUCAAGAAUGGAAGGAGGCAUUGGAAAAGGUUGGGGCUAUGAAAGGAUGGCAUGUCACUGACUCGAACGGACAGGGAGCUAUUGUUGAUGAGGUUUUUGCGGAUGUGUCAUCAAUUUUGAACAAGGAUUAUGCACUGCUAACAGAUGAAUUGGUUGGGAUUGAUCAUCAUGUGGAGGCAGUGGUGAAAAUGCUGAACAUGGACUCCGAAGGUGUCAAAACAGUGGGAAUCCAUGGCAUGGGUGGCAUUGGUAAAACCACUAUAGCCAUGGCUGUUUAUGAUAAGAUCUCCCCGCUCUUUGAUGGUCCUUGCUUUCUUGAAGACGUUAGAGAAAUGUUACAGCAGAGGGAAGGUACGGUGUCCCUACAGAAUAAACUCAUAUCUGGUAUCGUGCAAGGAGGGAAUCCGGUGACUAAUGUUAGUGAAGCUGCAGCUGGGCUUCCGUUGGCUCUUAAAGUUUUGGGGUCACUUCUAUAUCGUGAAGAUAAAGUGGUUUGGGUAGAAAAAUUGGCACAAUUGAAAGAAAUACCGCCCACUGAUGUGCAGAAGAGGUCUCUGGUAAAACUUGAACGCAAAAAAUUUAAGAUGCACGAUCAGCUUCGAGACCUCGGUAGAUCAAUCGUUCGUGAAGAAAGUUUUGAACGUCCCUGGAAGCGCAGCAGGGUAUGGUCUAACACUGAUGCAGUGGACAUGUUGAAUGAAAAGAAGGGAUCGAAGAAGGUUCAAGCUCUUGAAGUAUACCUAAAAGAGGAAUCCGCAGAGCAGCACCACCUCACCAGUGAAGAAUUCAAGAAAUUGUCCGAGUUAAGGUAUCUUCGAGCAGAUUGUGAAGGACUCGAAGGGGACUUUCAAGGCCUAGUUUCAAAUUUAAGAUAUCUCCGUAUGGAGAUUUAUGAAGGAAAGGCUUCUCCUGUUGUAAUCCUCACUCCUCCCCCGAAACCUUCAGUGAGCAUGCAAAUGCAAGAGCAUCCUGCUUUUACAAAUUUUCAUCCAAAGAAACUUGUGAUUCUUGAUCUGUCCGGUAGCACCAUAUCAAAUGGUUGGGAAGGCUGGACCCAAAUUAAGGUUGCAAAAGAUUUGAAAGUUUUGGAUCUUCAUGACUGUAAUGGAUUCAGCAAAGUUCCCGACCUUUCUAAAUUUGGAAAUCUGGAAGUUUUGGAUCUUCACAGUUGCCAUUUUAUUGUUCAAGAACUGGACAUUGGCAACCUGAAGAACCUGAAGAUACUUAAGCUAAGUAAUUCUGGAGUUACCAAGUUAACUGUUGGCAGUGGAAUACUUCAGAGGCUUGAAAAAAUUGAUGCAAACUCAUGUUACCGAUUGGUAGACAUUGCCGAUAUUGGGAACUUACCGUCUCUUACUGUCUUCAUGGCGGCUGGCACCGAAUAUUGUAAAGAGGUGCCAGACCUUCCCACUAGUUUGAAGGUGUUGUCCAUCUCACUUGCAAUUCCUAAUCUUGCGGAGCUGUUGGAUUUGCAGUAUCUCGAGUAUCAACCGCGCUCUGGGGUUGAAAUUCCUAGUGACAUGUGGAAGUUAUCCAAGUUGGAGAUAUUGAUCCUUCGACGUGUUACUUUCAGAGAUCCAAUGCGUGCCCUUCCCUCCUCUCUAAAGCGGCUGCAUUUUGACUUUUGUCCCGAAUUGGUGAAGCUUCCAAAUCUAGGCAAUCUGGAGAUCUUGAAAGAACUAAGAAUGAGUAGUCCUAAGCUUGUCGAGAUUGAAGGCCUGGGAGAGCUGAAGUCGUUGGUAAUUUUGUUCAUAAAUCAUGCACCCAAGUUGAAUUCUCUUGGCGGCCUUGAUAAUCUUCAUUCUUUGGCACGCUUGACGCUGUCAAAGUGUCCGGAAAUAGAAUGCUUACCCAGUCUAGCGAAUCUGAAGAAGUUGGAGUCGUUGAUCAUCAUAGAACUUCCCCGGCUGACUUCCAUCGAAGGCCUUGACGAGCUCGAGUGUCUAGAGGCGCUUCGAUUCAGCGAUUGUACGUCUCUGCAGAGUUUACCUGGCAUGUCGAAAUUAACGAGACUGAAGUCAUUAACAUUGACCCGUUGCCAGAGCUUGGUAACUGUGGAGGGCCUUGAAUCUCUUACCGCAUUGGAGCGUUUGCAGCUGCAAGACACCCGUUUUGAAAGACUACCUUCUCUUGCAAAGUUGAUCAAGCUGAAAAAUGUAAAUCUGCAAAACAACCAGCAUUUGCGUGAGAUUGAGGGCAUCGAAUACAUGAAACUGUUGGAGUCACUAUGGGUGGCAGAAUGCGAGUCACUGGAAAGAUUGCCGGAUCUGUCUGGUUUGAAGAAACUAAAGGAACUGAACAUCCGCGGGUGCACAAAGUUACCGAGGUCAGGAGACUUGAGGAGUUGAGGUCGUUUGGAGAACCUGGUGACGGAAGGGUGCAAGUCAAUUGAGAAGCUACCUGACCUUUCGAAACUGGGAUGUUUGUGUUCUUUGUCUGUAUGGAACUGCGAGAGGCUAAUCGAGUCUGCAUGACUGGAGGGAAUGCAGUGCCUAAAGUCUCUCUACAUUACUGGGUGCAAAGUCCUCGAGGAUGUACCCAACCUCCCUAAUGUCUACAGAGAGAUAGAUUAUAGAAUGGGCACCACAUUGUGUGUUUGUACAGUUGAUCCUUCUGUGCUUGUGUUCGGCAAAGAAUGUGUUUGGUAACCGUUAUGAAGACAUUUGCUAGAUUGUGAAGCAAACCCUUAAAGGAACUGAGGUGUUUAAAGGGGCUGGACAUGAAUUGCUGCCACUCGAUCAACAGCUUACCAAAUCUUUCAGAUCUCAAAUGUUUGAAGUGCCUACAUCUAAGGGGAUGUACAAGAUUGACUCAUCUACUUGCAAUCAAAAACCUGGAGUCACUAACAUGCUUGGUUGUUACUGGAUAUGGAUUGAACACAAUAACUUGGCCAAACUUCAUGAAGGAUGUGAAUCUUCCAAGAUCCAACUUCUCUACGAGAAUUAUCGGAUCUGUCCAGGCUCGAAAAUCUGAAGCAAUUAGGGGUGGUGGAUGCACGAACUUGACUGUGUACACUGUAGUCGAAGGAGUGGAGUCCUUCCAAGCUAGUUAACUUGCACAGUUGGAUGCCAUUUUACGAGUUACCGACCCUUGUGUAGCUUAGCUUGAGAGCAGUAAUGGUUGAUCACUUCAAAAUGCUUUCAAGUCCUGUUGAAGGAUUCGAGUAGAUUUGCAGACGAUA